UUCAUAGAACUCUAAUAACUCUACUAGCAGUAAUUAUGAAUCCUACUUUUAAGAAAUAGGAGAGGUUUUCUCUACCUGAAGCUUUAUUUUUUUGACAGCGUUGGAAAACGAUCGAAAAAAGAGUUAAAUUCAUUUUAGUCUACAUUGGUUGUGUUUUUGUAUUAGGAGAUUCGCCCUAGUCUCUCCCAGUCAAAGGUUUCCAAGAUGGCGGACGAACAAGAAGGAGACGAAGGCAGUGGUGAUGAAAAAUUAACCUUACAACUAACAGAAUACUUAGACGAUGUACUAGGAACCAACGUAACAAGCCUUAAGAAGGUUCAUUCUUUAUUAGACACUACACUGAAGAAGGAAAAAGAGCUAAAGAAGAGACUGGAUGAUGCAAAGAAAACAAAACCAGUAGAAGUCCAAGAAGCACUAGACAAUGGGAAAUCCUCUAUGGAAAACAUCAAAGAUCUUCAAACCCAGAGGGAAGAGGUUCUCGAAAAGGCUAAGAGUAAAGUGAAUAAAGUGAAGCCACUGGCCGAACACUUGUCUCAUUUGGCAGACCAGGUUGCAGAUAUUGAACGCUUCCGAACAUAUAUCAGUUGGAUACAGAAAUUAGAAGCUGUGAGUACUGGUAUCCAGGAAAAUCUAGAGGUCGGCAUAUUAGGUGCAGCAGUGGAUCAAUACUCUAUUUUAGCAGCUGUCACCAAAGUACUGGAAAGUUCAUCUUGUGACAACUUGAAGGCAUUUUCCCAAGAAAUGUUGAUCUUUUGGAGAAGAGUCUUGCUUGAAAAACUGGCCAGUGAAUUUGAUGAAGUCACAAAAGCCUUAAGGUGGCCAUUCACAUCUCUUUCAACUGCUCCCCCACUAUCAACUACCUCUGAAGUUUACAAGAAGUUGGAGAAACUGUUCCUACUGCUACUGAAAAUACAGGACUCUAAAGUAUCUGAUAAUGAUGAGAGUAUAAGUAAAGCAGGGGUGAAGGAGAAGGAAGUUCCUCUACCAAUUGAUUGGCUACUUAAACCACUGAGAAAAAGGUUUAAAUUUCACUUUUAUGGGAAGAAGCAAACAAACAACCUUGAAAAGCCAGAGUGGUUCUUCACUCAAAUAUUGAACUGGAUCAAGAGCCAUGGUGACUUCAUUCAGCAUACGGUACAACCAAUAUUUGACAAGGCUAAUCUUGGAUAUAUUGAUGCCAAGUUUGAGUUUAUUCGUGGGCUGCUCAAGAUCACAGUUGAGAAGAUGGAACAUUCUGUUCCCUUGUUGCUAACAGAUGAUGCUCUGUUUUCCCAUUUUGUUGACGAAACCCUCCUCUUCCAGCAAGAGGUUCAUAAUUUGUAUGACUAUCCCACCAGUGACCAUCAGUGCUUGAAUGUCUUAGUAAUGCCCAAGUGCCUUGACAAGUGGGUUGAACUAGAGCACAGAUAUGCAAAGGAGAACCUCAAAUCAUUGGUAACAUCAUCGACGGCAUGGAAGGGAAAGUACCAGGAUGUUGGAGGUGAAGUAGAUGAGACAAGAACACCUGAAUGUGCUGAAGGAUUUGUUACACUAUUGACUGUUAUAACAGACCGCUACAAGGAUUUAACAUCACACGAGAACCAGAUGCGAUUUCUCGACGUUCAGCUUGAUCUCUUACGAGAAUUCAUCGAUGAUCAGCUGAAUGAGAAAGCCAAAGAAUAUUCUAACAACCCUAUCGAUCCCAUGUUUCUCUCUGUGCUCAAUGCGGCUCAUUUUAUAUCCUACGUACUUGAAGACUGGACUGAACAAGCGAUUUUCUUACAGUUACACGAACAAAAGUUAUUAAGCAACUGUGAAGCGCCUGAUGAACAGUCCACAGGAGUUUUUGAUCAUUCUCUCCGGAAACUGCACAACCUCAAAGAAAAAAUGUUGCAAAAGAUUGUAGAAAAAGUUAUAAACGAUUUUAAAGAUAGGAGUACAGCAUAUAAGAGAGAGAGGUGGCAUAGUCUUCCCUCUCCUAAAGAACUCGCCGUCAUGGCUCUUUCUUCUGGAGCUUGUGAUCUCCUUCUAUUUUUAAAAGACAGACUCAAGAAUUUUGAACGACAGCUCGCGCGGGCCUUGUUCUCAACAUUAUGGCAGCGUCUGGCACAAGAACUGAACAACGUCAUUUACAAAGAGGUUAUUCUUGAGUGUCAUUACAAUGAAGGCGGAGCAGCGCAACUGCAGUUUGACAUGACGAAGCAUUUGUUCACUUUGUUUGGGGAAUACACGUCGAAACCUGAAAACUACUUCAAGGAGGUCAAGGAAUGUUGCAUCCUCCUGAACCAACUACCAGGCUCAGCUAUUCUUAUCAUGGAAACUCUCAAUAAUCGUCAGUCAUACGUUGAUGACCUCAACUCCUCUCCUAAAGCUACACUCAAUGAACUAGGAGUUUACAGACUGUCACCUAAAGACGCUCUGCGCGUGCUCAAUCUGAGAAUCAACUGGCCAAAAACAUGAGCAACCGACGUCGAUACUCCUUCCACAGGGUGACCAUGGGUUACCCCAGGAUCUUUACGCUACGCCAUAGGGUGACCAAACCAUUUUGUACCUCACCACAGGGUGACCAAACAAUUCGUGCUUCGUCAACAUUACAGAAUUUUCCUCUAAUUGAAAAAUACAAUGACUAGCUCCUACUUAGUCAUGUGAGCUGAUCUGAUAAGAAAAACCACGUGACUCAACUCGGUUACCUUGGAGACACUUGUCGAAAAUUUCAUAUACAUUUUAUUAAAAUUGUCAUUGCCAUCGUACAUAAUAUAUUGGUUUGUAACCAAAAUGAAAUCAUUACUACAAAUUGAAAUUAAAGAUUAUUGAUAUAUU